GCGCGCGUCGGUGACGUCACGCGUCGCGCCGUCUCCGAGUCCCGACUGUGUUUCAAUCUCUCAUCACGCAAGUGCCAGCGGUUCUUUUGUACUCCUACUUCGCUGCCUUGGAUUGAGGAACCUUUCUAGCUGAAAGCUUUUUUUCCUGUGAUACUGAGAAUUGUAAUCCAGGGGCUUCGCAGAGCAACAUCCCCAGCCCUUUUUAAUUGUUUUUGAGACAAGGUCUCGCUGAAGCGCUGUUGCCCACGCUGGGCUUGAACUUGUGUUCUUCCUGAAUCGCACAGUAAACUGGGGUAGCACACGUGCGCCUCCAGACGAAACUUUUGACGACAGACUUCUGGCGGCCCAAAGCCAUUGAGCAAAGUGAAAGAGUCCGCGACGCGUGAAGGCGACAUCAUCAGAGCGUGCCGGAAGCGGGCCCACAAUGACGAGUGUGAUCUACCAUGCUUUUUCUCAAAAGGAAGCAAAAGAAUAUGAUGUUCAGCAGCUGGGAGCCCAGCGGGCGGAAGCUUUUGUGAAUGCCUUCCUGAAGCGGAGCAUGCCCCGCAUGAGCCAGCAGGCUUGUGAGAACCAGUUGCAGCGCAAGGCUGUUAUUCUGGAGUACUUCACUCGCCGGAAGCGGAAGGAGAAGAAGAAAAAAUCAAAAGGCCUCUCUGCCAGGGAGAGGAGAGAUCUGCAGCUCUUUGACAUUAAGCCAGAGCAACAGCGAUACAAUCUUUUUCUCCCUCUUCAUGAACUCUGGAAACAGUACAUCCGGGACCUGUGCAAUGGCCUCAAGCCAGACACGCAGCCACAGAUGAUUCAAGCCAAGCUGUUAAAGGCGGAUCUUCACGGUGCUGUUAUUUCAGUUACAAAGUCCAAAUGCCCCUCAUACGUGGGUGUAACGGGAAUCCUUCUCCAGGAGACAAAGCAUGUUUUCAAAAUUAUCACCAAAGAAGAUCGCCUGAAAGUUAUCCCCAAGCUGAAUUGUGUGUUUGCUGUAGAAAUCGAUGACUUUAUUUCCUACAUUUAUGGAAGCAAAUUCCAGCUUCGGUCAAGUGAGAGGUCUGCCAAGAAGUUCAAAGGAAAGGGAACCAUUGACCUGUGACUUCUUUGCCUCCUAAGCCAACUGUUUAUGGCACUUGGAAAUUGGAAACACUUGAAGUACCCACACUUCAGUGGCAGGAUUCCAGUUAUAGGCAGCUCCAGCCAGUGGAAAUCAAAGCUGAGGGCACUGAAUAACAUAGGAAGAUGUGACCUUCAUUUUUUGAUGCUCCUACGUAGAGGCAAGAUUGGCGGAAUCUGCACCAGGGUUAAUUUUGGUUGAAGAGCAGGACUAUUAGGUGAUUUCUUUUUUGUA